ACAUUUAGAUUGUUAUAAAUUACAUAAUAACUAUGGUUGUUGAAAUAAUAAAUAUAAAUGGUGUUAUGACACCCCACACCAUCAUUCCAAUUAUAAGCGAUAAAGCUUGCCUCUUUAGAGCAAUAUCCUUUGCUUUGUAUGACACUCAACUGAUGGCCAGAGAAGUACGUGCAGAAAUAGUGGGUUACGUGAUGAGUCACUGGGAUGAUUUUUCGAUAAUGUCACAUGAUAGUCAUGGAAAUAAUUAUAGCAGUUCUGUCGAAUACUUUGACGAUAUGUCGCGAUUUAAUACUUAUGGAGGUUUAUGCGAGUUAGUAGCAGCGGGACAAAUAUUUCCAUUAACUUUCGAAGUUUACUACAAUGGCGAGCUGUAUGAAAAAUUUGGUGUAGAAGGAAACCCCGUGAAGCGACUGCAUUUUAGUUCUAUGCAAGACCUGUCUCAUGGACAUUUUGAUGUUUAUUUGCCUUAUGAAGAUGAAUUGUCAACAUCCAUUUUUAAUUCAGUUAACUCUGAUAGAAUACCUUUGAGAAACGUACUAAAAAACCUCGUGCUAGAUUUACGAACACAAUUAGGAAGAAAAAGCUCUUACAAGCUGCUACUAAAUACCAACAAAAGAAUCCAGAAGUUCACAGAGCAGCAGCAGCAGCUAAAUACCAACAAAAAAUCCAGAAGUUAACAGAACAGCAGCAGCUA